CCCAGGGACUACCAGCUUUGUUGUGACUAUGAGCCCAGGCCCGUGAGUCGUGCAAUAAUUAUUGGCCUGCCUGCAACCAGCUGCAUCGUCGGUGGACACUAAAAUACAGCGUUGCUGUCAAACUGGCAUCAUGUCAAACACAUCCAGUGAUACCGAGUCGUCCUGUGGCUGGAGCAUCAUCAGCAUGGAGGGCUCCGAUAUUGAGACUUUGGUGGCAGACAUCACGGGGCAGCCUGUAGCUGAUACCCAAGAAGGUCCUGCUUUGGUGGAACCUGAACUGCAGGACUCUCAAGGCUCAACUUCUGCUUCUGGAUGUAAUGAUGACAAAGAUGGCUCGCUGGAUGACACACUGGGAGACCAAACUAUGGACAAGACACUGUGCACCUCAGAGGGUGGAGCUGAUGACCCGGCGGGGGAAGACCGUGUCGCUGUCUUGUCCUUCAGCGACCACUCGGACAUUGUGACGCUACAAGAGCUGAAGGAGGACGAGUGUGACGGCACAGAGGGAGCGCUAGCCGCCGACGAGGGCUCGUUUCUGGGCAUGUCGUGCAGCAGCCAGUAUGCCUUCACCACCGCCGCAGAUCCUGGUCUGAGGUUGAGUGACUGGAAAGUUGCGCAAAGCCUUGUGAACUUGGGCUGCCGUCUACUACGAAGUCGGCUCGCAAGAGGCCGGGCUUUUUCAGUUUUCCCAGCCCAGCCGCCACCUGCAGCCCCAAAUUCCAGCAGCAGCGAUGACGAAGCGGCACCAAACUUGGCGUUGCGAAGGCGCAGGUUGAGGAGAAAUACAGCAAACACCGCGACAGAGUCCUGCGAGGAGGAGGAGGAGACCACCGUGGAGUCUGAGGAGGAAGACGAGAAACAGCAGCUGGAGCAAACCGCUGUCGAACCGGCGACGCCGCGAGCACGAUGCCAAGGCAGUGGAACCCUCAACUCCUGUAUCCUACUCGCCCUUGUCAUUGCUCUCAGUAUGGGCUUUGGACACUUCUAUGGCACCGUGCAACGACAAGAGAGACAGAAAACAGCAGACAAAGUCAGAGAGAGUGAGCUUGACAGUGUGAGGGACGUGCUUCAUGAUCAUGUCAAGAGCGACGGUGUUGGCCUGGACGAUUGGGAUGAGCAGCAGCUUGUUUCAUUGCUCACACAGGUCAUCAAGAAGAUGAGCAAAGAGAACAUGGAGCUCAACGCCAUGCAGGAAUUUGUUCAGGUCCAGCUAGACGCCCAGGCAUUGUUAGCAAGACAGAGGGAGGUGGAGAACCUAGCAUUGACCACCAUGAACCAACAGCUGCAAAACUCUUUGGGGCAAGAGGAAAAGUCCCUGUCCACCUUGCAGGACGAGCUGAGGAGCCUGCGCUCCAGGAUUCGAGAUCUGGAGGCUACGGGGGCCACAGCCGAUGCGCUGCUGUCCGAAAACCGGAGGCUGAAGGCGGAGCUGGAGAGCGAGAAGGAAUUGAGGAAGAAGUUCAAGAAGGAGAGGAAGCUUACACAUGAGGCAGAAGCCCAGGAGCUCAGGUCCAGACUGCGGGAGCUGGAGAAGAGGCUGGUCUUUGAGCAGCAGCGCUCUGACAUGUGGGAGAGGCUCUACCUGGAAACCAAAGACAACCAGGCUAAAGGAGACAUGGAUCCCAAAGUGAUGAAAGCAAAAGUGCGCACAUCGGGGAUCGUGAAAGAGACAUUUGAUGCAGUCAAGAACUCAACCAAGGAGUUUGUCCACCAUCACAAAGAGCAGAUUAAGAAAGCCAAGGAAUCUGUGAAGGAAAACCUGCGCAAAUUCUCUGAUUCCGUCAAAUCCACUUUUCGCCACUUCAAAGAUUCGGCGUCCACCUUCCUCGACAAAAUGAUGAGAGAAGAUACAAAAUAUUAUGAGGCGAGAAAGUACAAGAAAAAAAAGGAUCAUCCCAAACAGGACGCCAACACACGCAAACCAGGAGACAAAGUCCGUAAAGAGCAAGGCCAGAGCGCCAACCUCAAAGGAUGCCGAGGAGUGUUCGAUUGCGCUUACCAGGAGUCCACGAGCGUUUUCAACAAAGCCACGGAACCCAUACGAGCAGACGAGUUCCACCAGCUGCUGUGGAGCUACUUGCAGCGGGAAGUCCACCACUUCCAUCACUGGAAGGAACUGGAGAGCUUCAUCAACGGCUUCUUCCACAACGGCCUCUUCAUCCACGACCGCAUGCUCUUCACGGACUUUGUGAGCAGCGUGGAACACUACCUGGUCAACAUGCCCGAGUACCACGGCCUCCACGACGACGUCUUCGGAGACGUCGACGACUUCAUCUACAGACACCUCUUCGGAGACGCGUACGGCAAAAGCGAUGGGCCCAGUCUUGAAUCUCCCAGCGGGCCUCUCGAACGACCAGACUCGGACUCCCGAGAGGAGUUGAGGACAAAGCAUCAAAGUCGUCGGCAGCAGAGACAAAAAUUGCGGCAUCAGGGUGAGCGACGAAACAGACACAUGGCUGACGUGAAAAUCGAACUGGGGCCCAUGCCGUUGGAUCGCAAAUACUGUAUAGAAUGAACACUUUUGGAGAGUUUUGAUGUCGUGGUGUGGGAAUACCUCCUUCAUACCACAAUGGGUUGCUGUCGUCAGUUUGCACAAUGUUUUGAUGUGUUUUAACGCUACUGAAUGUCAGGUGUGCUUUUCCAUCUGAAAAUUUUCAGACGCACUUUAAAUGUAGUGGCUUUGGAUUUAGAUCUUUUUACGUUUAGAAUAGAGCUUCUGUUUUGGAAGGCAAACGACGAAACCUUAAAAUACAAAUCUGCGUUUGAGGAUGCUCCCCCACCCCCCCCCCCAACAACUAACAAGUAGUCCGUCUUAGACUAAAAAGUGUUAAAAUACCUUUCCACCCAAAUGAGACACAAAUGCUGUUUUGGCCUCCAAACGUUGCUAAGGUUUGAAAAAAGUUACAAAUGUUGACCGUGAAGCAAAGUGGCAAUGAAUAUGUGCCGGUCUGAUUUUCAAGCUGCACAGACAAAUCGCUUAAUUUGUCAAGGUUGUUUUUAAAAUCUAGUUACAGCUCAGUAUUUUAACACUUUAUGGUCUCUUCCUGAAAGUGUGCUCUUAUGAUAUACUCAUUAAAAAUAGCUGAUUGGCAGCUCAAGCUAUUGUGAUGAGGGGGGAUUUCAAGCUCCUAAGUUCAAGCUUGUGUGAUGCGAUUGCUUUAAAAUUGUUGCUGUUCAACCAUUUCUUUUUCUAAUGUGCGUCUGCAAAAGGGGGGGGGGAUGACAAAUUCACACAAACUUUUUUUUAAUGCAUAAAAUCUUUUAAAACCUUUUUGAACAUCUAGUGCAUAAAAUCAAACAUGAACUUGUGGUUGUCGCAGCCUUUCAUAAAUAAAGAUUCUUCCUCCAACUCCA